AUGUCGAUUCCAGGCCUGGGGCAGAUCCCGGCUCAGCCCGCCGUGUCGUCGACGCGCACCAUCACGCUCAAGCCCGCGUGGGAGUGGCGCUUCCAGGUGGCGACGGGCCGCAGCGUCGCCGUCAAGCUGGUCGCGGGCACGGCCGACAAGGAGGGCGUCGAGCUGGCGCCGCGCACCGCCUACACGCUGACGGGCACCAGGUCGAGCAUCCUGACGUGGAGCGGGUGCGAGCUCGAGGUCGAGGGCCGCUGCGACGACGACUCGGUUGUCCAGUACGCCCACCCGGCCGCCAACCCGGCCACCGCCCACCUGAAUCUGCACGCCCGUCUCGUAGACAUGCGCGCCGCGGCAGCCCGGCUCGGCUGCGAGGGGCCCCGCGUGCUCGUCGCGGGGCCGCCCAGUGCGGGCAAGACGACGCUGGCGCGCACGCUGACAAGUUACGCCACGAGGCAGGGCCACCAGCCCGUGGCCGUCAAUGCGGACCCGCGGCAGGGCAUGCUCAGCUUGCCGGGCACGCUGAGCGCCGCCGUCUUCGCCACCGUCAUGGACCCGGAGGCUGCCGACGGCUGGGGCAGCACGCCGACCAGCGGGCCCAGUCCCGUGCCUGUCAAGCUGCCGCUCGUCUACUACUUUGGCCGCGACUCGGCCGAGGACGAUGCCGACCUGUACAAGGAGCUUGUCGGGCGCAUCGCCAGCGCCGUCAGCGCGAGGCUUAGCGAGGACGCGAGUGUCCGGAGCGCGGGUGUCAUUGUUGACGGGAUGCGCAUCGGUGAGGAGAGCAAGAUUGGCCUCGACCUGAUUGCCCACGUUGUCGACGAACUUUCCGUCAACGUGGUCGUCGUCAUCGGCUCAACCAGCAUGAGCGCCGAGCUGACGAAGCGAUUCGCGAGCGAAAAGACGAGCCUCGGGGAGCCGAUCCAGGUUGUGGCCCUGGACCGGUCCGAGGGCGUGGCGGAGCGAGACGAGAGCUUCAUGGAGCACGCCCGCGAGCAAAUCAUUAAGGAGUACUUUUUCGGCGGCGCGCGACGCUCCCUGAGCCCGCAGAUUCAGCAGGUGGACUUCGACAGCCUCAUCAUCUACAAGGCACCCGAAGACCCGGCAUACGGGCAGGAAGCGUGCCUGGUGCGCGAGGAGCCGAGCUCCGUCAUGCAGCACUGGACGCUGGCCGUCAUGCACGCGUCGACGAGGGACGGGCCCGAGGCGGUGCGGGUGGCCAGCGUCAUGGGCUUUGUCUACGUGUCCGACGUGGACGAGGAGCGGCGCAAGAUCAAGGUGCUGGCGCCGGUGGGCGGCCGGCUGGGGGACAGGCCGUUGGUGUGGGGGAAGUGGCCGGAGCCAUACAUGAAUCUGUUGGGCUAG